GUGUACUGCACUCCAUGCUGCAACCAAAAAUGCAAGCUCAAGUACCUGGGAAAAGAGGCUCGUGUGUGCGUCUUCUGCUAUAUUCUCAUAAACAAAGCCCAGAACGAUGAUCGGUCGAUGAGUCCUACGGGUCCCAGUCCAAACCCCAACGUCCCGUCUGAGUAUUGCAGCACCAUCCCUCCUCUGCAGCAGGCUCAAGCUGCUGGCACUCUGAACUCUCCACCACCAACAGUCAUGGUCCCCGUGUCCGUUCUCAAACAGCCGAACAACGAUGCGUGUCCACGUGAACAGAAGCGGGUGUGGUUCGCUGACGGCAUCUUGCCCAACGGAGAGGUGGCAGACACAACCAAGCUGAGCAGCAGGAACUCCCAGGAGUUCAGUUCAGAUCCAGAAACGCCUGGCUCAUCUGGGUCAGACCCUGGAGUUUGCAGUUCUUCUGCUCCUGAUGCCUCUGGAGCUGUAGAGAUGGUCCGACCUCCAGUGUCAGGACCCUGGGAUUACAGGUUGCUUUCUGGACUUGGUUCUGCAGUAAAGAGGAUCCCAAGUCUGCUGCCAGACAGCGAGGAUGAGUUACCUCCACUGCUCAUCAGCACUGAAGAGGAUGGAGGAGAUGAUGUUUUGGUUGAAGAAAGUCCAGCCCCCUGCCAGAUCCUGCACCUACUGGAGGAGGGAGGUCCUCGUCCUCUAACAUUUGUCCUGAAUGCCAACCUGCUGGUCAACGUCAAACUGGUCACUUACUCCAACAGGCAGUGCUGGUGCUUGGGCUCCAUCGGGCUGCAGGCUCUGGGACAGAAAGAGUUGGUGUUUCUGUUGGAGUGUUUGCCAGGAGAAAAAACUCUCCCAAGGGACCUCUUCUCACUUUAUCUCAGCAUUUACCAAGAUGCCCAGAAAGGGAAAUUUGUGGAGGAGCUGGAUAACGUGACAUUCACAACCAGUUUUCUGGGCAGUAAAGAUCAUGCAGGGAUGCUGUUCUUCCCUCCCACCUGUCAGUCUCUGGACGGCCUCGCACUCCCCCCACAGUCUUUCCUGUUUGGCCUUCUCAUCCAGAAACUGGAGGUACCAUGGGCCAAAGUCUUCCCACUCAGACUGCUUCUUCGGCUCGGCUCUGAAUACGAUGUGUAUCCAACUACAUUGUUAAGUGUUCGCUUUCGGAACUCUGUGUAUCGAGAGACGGGGCACACCAUUAUGAAUUUACUGGCUGACUUAAGAAACUAUCAGUACAGCCUGCCAGUGGUGGAGGGUCUGAGGAUCCAUAUGGAGAUGGGCCACAUCUACAUUGAUAUCCCCAAAAGUAGCUUUAAUGAGAUGCAGAAGGUGGUAAAUUCAUCCAACGAGCAUGUCAUCAGCAUCGGGGCAAGUUUCAGCCAGCAGGCCGACUCCCACCUGGUGUGUCUCCAGAACGAGGAGGGAAACUAUCAGACACAGGCCAACAGCAUGCCGGAGAUGACUCGCACUGUGACAGGAGCCAGUUUUGUUGUGUUUAAUGGAGCGCUGAAAGCCUCCUCUGGCUUCAUUGCCAAGUCCAGCAUCGUUGAAGAUGGGUUAAUGGUUCAGAUCCCUCCAGAGACCAUGGAGUCUCUGCGCUCAGCCCUGAGAGAAAAGACUGACUUCCACAUACCCUGCGGCAAGAACGAUGGUGGGGAGGUCAGAGAGAACGUCACGAUCCGCUGGGUUGACUGGACUUCACCCAUCAACUCUGGCAGAACUAGCGGCGUCGAUGGGAGACCACUGGAUGGCGUCCACAGUGUAAAGAUGCAGCAGGAUGCUGAAUUUAAGUCUGACGGUCGCACCAUCAGAUGCACUGAGGUGUUCUACCAGCUGAAGUCUCCUGACUGCAGCCUGGCGUCGGUUCUGUCGUCCUGCAGCGUGUUUCAGAAGGAGAUCGCUUUGGCCACCUGCAGCGCUCUGACUCCUCACCUGUCUGUUCUUACCUGCAGCGGCAUCAACUCCCUCUCGCUUCGCAUCUCAACUCAGGCUGACAUGGUGGAGUACCAGGCUGGUUCUGGAGGCAGGCUCCUCCCUCAGCACUACAUGAACGAGAUGGACGGCGCUCUGAUCCCAGUCAUCCACGGAGGUAGUGCUAGUGUUCCUCAGACCACCAUGGACAUGGAGUUCAUCUUCUACAUCACGCACGUUAUUUAACAAAAGACUGCAACACCCAAGUAUUGAACUAAAACACUGAACCAGACGGUGCAGCUGCUGGUUUUUCUGGUCACUCAAAACGCUCCGACCUCAAUCUGAUCCCACUCUGAGACUGGACGCGUUGUAGAGCUAAAUUUAAAG